AUUUCGGGAAUUGGGGAAUUUUGUUUUUGUUCACUACAUCACUGUUAAAUUCUACGUGUUUAUACCAAUGUGGAAAUAGUUCGGUGAGAUAUAUUACGUCACCUCGAUGAAGUGAACUUUGUGGCUGAUUUUGUUUUUACAUACAGUGGUUAUAUUUCAACAACCAAACUAUGUCCACAAACCGACCUCGAGCGGACUUGGAUACGGACGCCCAAAGAGUCGACCCAAGAGAGCCAGCAUUCCGUAAAACGCUAAUGAGAGUGGCAAUGAAACUGAAAGAGCCUGAAGUGGAAAAUAUCAAAUAUAUGUGCCCGUUCAUUCCGAGGAGUCGAAGGGAAGAAAUCAAAUCCGCGAUACAACUGUUUGAAGAGCUGGAAUAUCAGGACUACCUUAGUGUCGACAAUACUAAAGACCUCAAGGACUUCGUCAAAGAAAUCAGCCGCCCCGAUUUAAUACGAAUUUUGGAAGAGUACGAAACAACUUGGAAUACACCCAAAGAAACCAAUGCUUCCAACAAUUCUAGUCACUGUAUUAAGAAAGGUCCUAUAACCCAGGAAACUGGUGAAGAUUUGGAUGAAAUAUUUUAUUUUCUGCAUGAUAAUCUUGGACGUGAUUGGCGACAAUUGGCACGUAGACUUUAUCUUCAGGAGACUGAUAUAGAUGCAAUUGCGCAUGAUCAUAUGCGUGACUUAAAGGAGCAGUCCCUUCAAGCUUUGAAGAAAUGGAAAAUUAAUUGUGGUAACCAAGCAACCAAGAAAGCUCUCAUUGAUGCACUCAGAAGGUGUAGAUUAAACUACAUUGCUGAUCAAGUGGAAGGAAUGAAAUAGAUCCUAUUGUGGCGUUUUCUUUGUUGAAAGACGUCGAUGUAAUUUAUGUAAGAUAUCAAUUGUGUUUAUAAAUCCAUGGAAUAACACUUUAAUCACUGGAAUGUGUCAAAAACAACAAUUUUUUUCAAAUGAAAAAUGAGUAUCUUUUGCUUAUACAUGAACGUCCUGGUAAAUCUAAACAUGGAAAACAUUGAUUGUAAUAAAACAAUUCUGUGCGUUUUACAGGGAUACCUCGAUUUCAAUACAACAGGACAUUCCAUGUCUUGUACAUUACUUCUUGCCUGAGGUUAAUGUAGUCUGUCUGGUAUAUGCCAUAUUUUGUUAUACAAGAUAGUUAAGAAUGUACCUGUCAUGUUGGUGCAUAUCAGAUACUUGUUCUACAAUCAAUAUGUGUAGAGCUUUGAAUCGUCACCGUGACACGUUUAGUACAAUACAAUGUAAAGUACACAAAAUGCUACUCUUUAUCUAACAUUGACAACUUACUUACUUUAUCUUUUUGGUUAUUACUAUUUUACAUACAAACUUUAUUUUUUUUUUUUUAGCUCAGCUAGUUGGUAUUCAUUCUAUGAAGUGGAAUGAUAUAGAAUUUAAUGAUAAAAACUGAACUAGUUACAUUUUUCAUAUAACUAUCAGUGUGAUCUAUGUUUUUUUCCUCAUAAGGCCAGACUUUUAUUAUCGCUUGUUUCGCGAACCCGCCCAAUGAACAGGAGCCGAAAAUGAAAUAAAAAUCAAAUUUUAUUUCAGCGUAAUUUCUCGUGCCCGCCAACUUGCAAGUGCAAAAAAUUGCUAAAAAAAUAUUAUUUUUGACUCCCAUUUUGAUUGUCAUGAUCAAAGUCUCGCGCAGAUGAAACAAAGUUACACAUAGAAUAAAAUUUUAUUUCUGUCAUUUCUUCUCUCCGAUCAAUGAUCUCACUUACAAUACUUUGAGAAUCACACAUAUCUAUUGAAAAAAAAAAAAAAUUCCCCCCCCCCUCAAAAAAAUUGCCUUAUAAAAACUCAAGAAACAAGGAAUAAAUAGUCUGGCCUAACAAGGAUUUAUAAUAUAAGGGCAUGUGAAGUCACACAAAUUACAAGAUGAUCACAAAAUGACACUAACAUGUAUUCCAGAAAUACAAAUGUAAAUGAGUGUGAAAGAAAUGGUUAGUUUUCAUUUAAUAAUGGGCCAUUUCUUAUAGCAUCCAUGUCAACAUCGUCGCUCACUGCUUCCGUUUACAUAAUACUACCCAUGCAUUCUGUGAUGCCACUGCUGCACUGAACAGAAUUGGAUCUUCAUUGCAUGUUACAUACCCUUAUUUUAUAAAUUUUAAAAACUCAAACGUUUUUGUGUAUGCUUUGUAUGAACCUAAAAUUUCUUAUAUACUGAAUCAUGAUAAUAGGAACACAUUGCAUUGGUAAUGUUUUUUUGCAGGCGAUUUGUGGAACAGUAUCGUUCUAACGGUUUGAACUUCCCAUAUAUAUUUCACUGUUUUGCCUCAUCUGAUCAAAUUGCAAUGUCAACUAUUAAUUUUGUUAUUUCUAAAAAACUUUAAAUAUUCCUGUGUAGAGUUAAUGGCCGUUGAUUUUAUUUUCAUGCAGCCUUUGUUGAACAGAUUUCAACAAACAAAAUAUUAAUUUUUGAAUGAGCAGACCUUUAAAAGUCUUAUUUUGUGUAUAGUUCCUUCAUGCUGAUCUUCAACAGAUUUGAGUUUUACCUUCGUGUCCAGCUUAUUUAUAGCGUAAAUAGAAUAUUCACCACUAUAUUAAAUAUUACUGGUGAAAUAUAAUUGAAACCACGUC